UGACGAAAUUUCCCACAAACGAAGCUCAUGGGCAAGAGAGGAGGGACCCAAAAAUUGGGGUCAGUGUCUCACACUGCAAUAUCAUCGAGGGAAGAAGCCACCGGAAGAAUACAAACCAAGGCAGCCUCUAACACCAAGUCCAAAUUGAGAUUUGAGCACUUGAAAAGCCUAGCACUGUGGGCCACCACCAAUGACCCUCUCAUACCCUCUUUGGCUGCAUUCUAUGGGCACCAAUACGCCACCUCUGGAGAGGCCACCGGAGUACCACCUGAUCCUUCUCUAAUGACUUGCCAAAGAUGUGAAACUGUUCUUCAACCUGGCUUUAAUUCAACUGUACGAAUUGAGAAGAAUAAAUCGAAGGUCAGGCACAAGCACAAGAAGACUGAUAACAUCACUCAAAACAACAUAGUGUACAAGUGCCAUUUUUGUUUGCAUCAGAAUCAGAAGAGAGGGACCCCUAAGGGACACGUAAAAGGAAUUUGUCCAUCAAAAGAUAAAUCAUUGUUAGAGUCAACACCUUCAUCAAAAUACAGUACAAAUGAAUCUUGUAAGAUUAAAUUAGAGAAAGGAACUGUAAGUAAAGAUGAAGUGAAUGAGAUAAAUGUGUUUCCUUCACAAGUUGUAGCUAAGGAUCUCACUCUUGUGGACUGUCUAGCUACUCCAUCAAGUACAAAUACAACAACUUUGUUAGAAGGAAAGAAGAGAAGGAGAGAUAGUUCCUUGUCCAAGAACGCUAUUAAAACUACAAACAUGUCUGCAAAAGAAGUAGCAAAUUCUGCGAAUGCAUCUAGCAAAAGACGAAGAAAAUCUUGGACUAGUUUAAAGGAAAUUGCUCAAAGCAACGCAUGAGAAAAGUCAAAUCGCAAAUCUAACAAUCCCAUUUCUUUUUAUAAGCAGCGAGUUUUCCUGUAUAUAUUAAAAAGUCAAAAAGCCAUCACAUUUGUCUACUCAGCAGCUACUGUGAAGCAGAUGUUACAAGAGAAAAAGUCUGCCUCAAUAAGACCACUAAACUUGCUACUGAGAAGGAUUGGCUGAGGAGGGAAUUGGAAAUAGCACAAAGUAAGCAUGGUGAUGCAGAAAUGGAGAGGCUCAAGACAAGACUGCUAGAAUUAGAGGCAUCCAGACAAGCAAAGCAGAAGGAUGCCAAGGCAUUGAAGCUGGCUGAGAUGAAUAGGAAAAACAGGUUUGAGAACUUCAAGAAUGCUUCUGAAUUGAAGCCGGUGAAUACAGGUUUGAAAGAAGGGGAGGCAGGUUAUGAUCCAUUUUCCAGGAGAUGGACUAGAUCAAGGAAUUACUAUGCUUCAAAACCUGGUGAAAAGGCUGCAGCUGCAAACAAUAGUGUCAAUGGCAUAUUCUGUGGUGGUCUUUCUGCACCUUUAGUUCUUUCAAACACAAGUAUUUGGAGCUGUCAUGUUUUAGUUUCAGCUUCAAGCAAAAGGGUCCAAAAUUUCUGAUUAGUUGUAACUCACUCUGUUUGCCUCUUUGCUCAUCUCUCUUAUCAUUUCCUCUAAUCUCUAAUAAAGUGGUGUAUUAAUGUAUGCAA